AUGUCUCAGAUGAUUCAUCAAUCCCAGCUCAAAUUCGAAAACUCGAUCCGAAUCUCACCUUCUCCUCCUCCUAUUACCGUUAGUUCAUCAUCUUCCGGCGGUCAUCGAAUAAGCCCAAUCCUUCUCUUCAUCAUCGUUCUGUUAUCCGUCGUCUUCUUCAUCUGCAGCGUUCUACAUUUGGUGGUGAGAUAUUACUUAAAGAAGAAAAGAUCGAGCCUUUCUUCAUCAGCGGCGGAUUCCGAUCGAAACCCAGAAUUCUCCGACUCCGAAACUUACCAAAGACAGCUCCAGCAGCUCUUCCAUCUCCACGAUUCAGGUCUAGAUCAAGCUCUGAUCGACGCCCUCCCCGUCUUCCUCUACAAAGAGAUCAAAGGCUCGAAAGAGCCGUUCGAUUGCGCCGUGUGUCUCUGCGAAUUCUCCGAAGACGACAAGCUUAGAUUGCUCCCGAUUUGCAGCCACGCCUUCCACAUCGACUGCAUCGACACGUGGCUCCUCUCCAAUUCGACGUGCCCGCUCUGCAGAGGAACCCUUUACCCGCUGGGUCACCAAUUCGAUAACCCGGAUUUCAAUUUCGGGUUUUUCGCCGCCGCCGCCGGGGAAGAUGGAGCCAGGGUCUCUCCGGUGCAGAAACAGGCGGAGAGUAACGACAUUGGGAAGAGAGUGUUCUCAGUGAGGCUUGGCAAGUUUAGAAGCACCAAUGUGAAUAACAAUGGCGGUGAAGGAGGAGAAGGAGGAGAAGGAGGAGGAGAGACGAGUGGGUGUGUGAGUGUGAACAGCAAUCUUGACAACAGGAGAUGUUUCUCAAUGGGGUCUUAUCAGUACAUAGUUGCUGAAUCGGAUCUGGUUGUGGCUUUGUGUCCUAACAACGAAGCUCUGAAGAAUGUGAAAGAAGGAGAGAGUUGUGUUGAAGGGAAGAAGAUAAACAUGAGAAGUAAAGGUGAGAGCUUUUCUGUGUCGAAGAUCUGGCAAUGGUCAAAUAAAAGAUCAAAGUUUGGGAAUCAAGCAGAGACCAAUCUGGUUGGUCCUUUUACUUCAUCAUCUGCAUCUUCUUAUGCUUGUUCUGCAUCUGGAAGUACAGUUUCUGCUGGGUUGUCAUUGAAUGGUAAGAGAUUUCAGGGUCCAUGA